AUUAUUUUAGAUGGAUUGCUUGGAGGAAAUUUUCUUAAAUCCAAAUGCGCCGGAAGGUGUAAAUGAAGAGUUUGUGUACGAAGAGCCCGAUGACGAAUUUGAAUCCCCAGAUGUCCGUGAUGAAUUUGAUUACGAUCACGAUGUUUUUUAUACCAAGGAGGUGUUUGACACACACAUAGAUUUGGUAGACUGGGCUCAAAGAACGGCAAAGGAGCUUGGUUAUGUGUUAGUAACACGAAGAUCAAAUGUCACAAAAGGCGGAGAAGUUAAAAAGGUGGUCCUUAUUUGCAACCGUGGUGGAAAAAAAGAUAAGCGGUCAACCGGGGCACCCAAAGGGAGUACCAAAAUUGACUGUCCAUUCAAAUUGGUAGGCCGUCUGACAAAGGACCAUAGUUGGUGGGUUGAAGUUAUAGAUCACCGACAUAAUCAUCCAUCAGCUUGUAAUUUGGAAGGUAUUGCGCGUUGCUAG